AAAAAGGAACUUUAACUCCCUGUGCCUGGACAGAGCAGAGUCGAGAGGGUGAAAGGAGGUGUGGGGGGUUGAGAGAGAGAGUGAGAGAGUGAGAGAGAGAGAGAGAAAGAGAGAGGGAGAGUUCCAGUGCUUCACUCAGGGAGGAGGGAUGUGUGUGGAGGUUUGUUUCUGACACUCUGUUUCUCUGAGCUCUGAAGCUCUGCUCUGGAUGUGGACGUACUGCCCCGUGUCCCGCGCCCCUGGUGGCCCUCGGUCCCGCCGCCAGGGGAACAUGCCUCACCCGCCUGGCUCCGUCACCCUCUGUCUGCUCAGCUGCCUCCUCACAGGCAGUGCUCUGGACAUCUCGGACGUCACCCUGAUAAACCCGGAUCCCGUUGUAUCCUCGGCUGACGCCUCACUGCUGUGCGUGAGCAGCGACUGGACACUGCCCGGCACCUCCUCUCUCAGUCUAGGCCGGGGGUACCCUGCCCACCAGCAAGGCCCUCUCCCCUCAAAGGUGGACACACCAUACCGCUCUGCUGCCAAGGUCACCUGGAAAACGCGAAACGACAUAUUUGGCGCUUUCUUUUGCAAACCCAAAAACUCGGACGACAACAAGGUCUACACUUACAAAAUGCUGAAUGAAGCGGCCUUCCUUCCUAAAGCGCUCACAGUGACGGCCAGCGUUGGAGAGGAUGUCGUGUUAUCAUACACAAGAAGGAAGGUGGCCCAGGAGGACACGGUCAUCUUCAAGAUAGCGCUGCAAAAACCGCAGAACGGUGCCAGCAAAGACGUAUCUUUUGAGCACUCUGUGCCCAAGGAGGACAUCAUGGACACAGUACAAUACACCAUCAGCGACGUUGGAGCCUCGCAUGCUGGACUCUACACCAUCCGCUACAUCUCAGAAGUCUUGUCUACCUCUGCCAUCACCCACCUCAUAGUCAGGAGCUGCAGUGCCGGCAUGUGGGGGUCCAACUGCACUGAGACCUGUCCAGCCUGUGCCAAUGGAGGGGUAUGUGAUGACAAGACAGGGGAGUGUAUCUGCCCACCUGGCUUCAAGGGGCCCACCUGUGAGACAGUGUGUGGUGAGGGUCGUUUUGGGAGGAGCUGUAAAGACCGCUGUAUAGACGGCCAGUGCCGCUCUCUGGUCUUCUGCCUCAGAGAGCCCUAUGGCUGCUCCUGUGCCUCAGGGUGGAUGGGCCUCAACUGCAGUGAGGAGUGUCCACCUGGCUACUACGGCGCCGACUGCAAGCAGAAGUGCAUGUGCGACAAGGGGGGGAGGUGUGACCGUUUCAGAGGGUGCCUGUGUCCCGGCAGACACGGCGCCCACUGCGAGAAAGAAGACGAAGCUCCGGUCAUUGUGAGCAGUCUGAGUGACACGGAGCUGAACUCUGGAGUGGCCUACAGCGUGAACUGCACUGCCCGCGGCCAGCCAGCACCCCUACAUGGAGAAAUUCUACUGCUCAAACCAGACAAGAACAUCUUAUACCCUGUGGACACAGAGACAGUGGGCUACCAGACCACCUCCAUGUUCAAGGUCGACAAUAUCACUGUGGCCCACUGUGGGCGCUGGCUAUGUCAGGUGAAGACCACCAGCAUCCAGGUGGAGAAAGGCUUCAUUGUUAAUGUUAAAGUUCCUCCACAGCCGCGGAACCCCCCUGCGCUCAACAGCAGUGGGCUGAACCAUCUGGUAGUGCUGGUCAAUAAGGAUCCAUACGUUGGAGAUGGACCUGUCACCUCAGUGAAAGUGAUGUACAAACAGGCCAAUUCAUCUAGAUGGAAGUCAGUGGAAGUGAGUGGUUCUCAGGUGAAGCUGGAGAAUCUGUCCCCCAUGACGGAGUACACUGCAUUUGUACAGCUAAGUCGACCAGGAGCUGGAGGAACUGGCUACCCAGGACCUGAGGCCAAUUUCUUUACACAGAUUCUUGAUGUGUCUUUCCCCCAAGGGGUCAAACUGACUCCUCUGAACCUGACCUCUCUGUUCCUGUCCUGGGACCCCACCCCAGGCACAGCUCUGGGUAAAGACAACUGGUUCUAUGAGGUGAACUGUCAGCAGGCAGACGACGCAGCAAACGUGAGGAGCUUCCAGCUGCCAGCUAACUCCACCGGCACAUGGCUGACCAUGCUGAAGCCCAGACACAAGUACCAGUGCACGGUCCGACUGAGCAACUGGCCAGCGCGCCAGUCCUGCCCCAUCAUAAGCGCCUGGACACUCAGUGAUGUGCCCCCUCCUGCUCCUUCCGAUGUCUCUGCCUCCAACAUCACCGACUCCGCCGCCAUCAUCUCCUGGACUGUCCCCGAGGGUCACUCCAUCUCUAAGGUGAUCAUCCGGUACCAGGAGAGGGAGCAGGCUGACUACAGCCAGCAGGUAGAGUUGGGGGUGCAGGCAGGUCAGAACAACAUGCAGUUCCAACUGCGUGGCCUCAAGCCCCAUACCGACUACUGGCUGGAGAUCUGGACCAUCAAUAACAUGGGAGAGAGUGAGAAGAAAAAGGAGAUCCCCCUGACAACCUCAGAGGAGAGCGCAAGGCUGUAUGGCUUUGGUGCAGAUGGAAAUAUGCUGUUUUAUGCCAUCUUGGGAUCUGCUGGAAUGACCUGUCUGACCAUUCUGCUGGCCUUCUGCAUCGUGCUCCAGUUGAAGAGAGCCUCCUUUCAGAGACGCAUGAGAGAGGAGCCCGUGGUCCAGUUCAGCUCCGACUCUCUGACCAUGCCUAAAAAACCCCGCACCUCCACCCAUUCCGUAGCCUAUCCUACGCUGGACUGGAGCGACAUCAAGUUCCAGGAUGUGAUUGGAGAAGGAAACUUUGGGCAAGUGCUGAAGGCUCGCAUUAAGAAGGACGGCCUUAGGAUGGACGCUGCCAUCAAGAGGAUGAAAGAAUAUGCCUCUAAGGAUGACCACAGGGACUUUGCAGGGGAGCUGGAGGUGCUGUGUAAGCUAGGCCAUCACCCAAACAUCAUCAACCUGCUGGGGGCCUGCGAACACAGAGGUUAUCUGUAUUUGGCCAUUGAAUAUGCUCCACAUGGCAACCUGCUGGACUUCUUGAGGAAGAGCCGCGUUCUGGAGACUGACCCGGCCUUUGCCAUUGCCAACAGCACAGCCUCCACACUGUCUUCUCAACAGCUGCUCCAUUUUGCUGCAGAUGUGGCCCGAGGGAUGGAUUACCUGAGCCAGAAACAGUUUAUCCACAGAGACUUAGCAGCCAGAAACAUCCUGGUGGGGGAGAACUUUGUUGCGAAGAUUGCAGAUUUCGGCCUCUCGCGAGGGCAGGAGGUGUAUGUGAAAAAAACAAUGGGUCGUUUACCGGUGCGAUGGAUGGCCAUUGAGUCUCUGAACUACAGUGUGUAUACAACCAACAGUGAUGUAUGGUCAUAUGGAGUUCUUCUGUGGGAGGUGGUGAGUUUAGGCGGGACGCCGUACUGUGGCAUGACUUGUGCUGAGCUUUACGAGAAACUGCCCCAGGGCUACCGUCUGGAAAAACCCCUCAACUGUGACGACGAAGUCUAUGAGCUAAUGAGGCAGUGUUGGAGAGAGAAGCCCUAUGAAAGGCCCUCGUUUGCUCAGAUCCUGAUGUCCCUCAACCGCAUGCUAGAGGAGAGAAAGACGUAUGUAAACACUACGCUGUAUGAGAAAUUCACCUACGCGGGCAUUGACUGCUCUGCUGAGGAGGCCGGCUGAUCCCAGGCCCCUUCUGCGCUCCUGUGUAGUGGACAUGUAUCAUAAGGGUAUCAAAGUUUAUGCAAUCCUAUGAUCAGGAUUCACGGACUACAAUUCUUUUGCACACAUUGUGUAUUCCAGUAUUAUGAUUACGAGCAGAGAAAUAUCAGAUCAUACUGAAUGUCAGUGUUUAUUCUUGUUUGUUGGUGUGAAAUUGGCUGUAAAAUGUGAUUUUCCUGUGUGAGUGGGUUGAUCUGAGUGUUGUGUGUUACAGUAUUAAACUUGCUUUCGGGUGCUGCAAGCACAAACUGUAGAUGUUUAUCAGAAAUCCUGAGCUGGAGACGGGAGCCGUUUUGUAUCCUGUGGAAAGACUAAGCUUUGGAGUGCUACUGUAUAUGGCGCAUUGUGCAAACGUUGGAAAACUUUACUCUGAUGAUUUUUAAGGGACCAAUAAACUUUUUAUUGUGAAAUAUAA